AUGAGAAGCUCGAUACCCCGUGAAGGAGAUGACUCCCUAUAUAUUAGGCUCAAUUUCAUUACCAGCCUGGCUAAUCUGAAAGGCGUGACUGGCCCAAGAACGGUUAGACGUACCACAAAAGGCAAGCUGAGCAAGCUCGCGAAAGGUCUUAAAGCACUUACCCCGGUCCUAUACAGGACUCCGUCAACAGUUCAGAGAUUGAUGUUGUGGCAAGUACCUCCCUGGCAGUUCGCCGCAGCAGCCAGGAAGAAUAACGUUGAGGUACUACAAGGAUCUUUCACCGCCAAGUCAGGAAUACAUUUGACGAUCCCCCUGCCUGGGACGGACUUUGCAUACGACGACAUGGGGCAGGCGAUGGAGCGGCAAUUGCGGCUUCACGGAACUGAUCUACUGACUUUGUCGGUCAUAUCAAGUUUCUUGUUGAUAGUUGACAGCAAUCAGGCCAACCUACUUAUAGAUGAAAUCGAUGCGUUCUCUGCAAAGUAUCCAAGGCAGUCGUUUCGAUUUGCGGUGAUCCAAGCCCACAAUUCGACGGUUGGGACCGAUGCGAAGACUCUGGCAUCAUGGCAAAGAAUUUGCCGUUGCAUUAAUAUAAUCCCGAUACAUAAUGAACGCCGUAACGCGCAACAGUCGAGCCGGGCAGGCGGUCACUUGGAAAUUUUCCAUACGUUGGAAGAAUUGUGCACAUAUACAAUUGAGAAUAGGAAGUAUUUCUUGAAAGCAUAA